AUGCUCAAGCCACCUCGUCCGUGCGGCUGGCCAGUCUCCCGUCUGUCGCCUCGCCGUCUUCCCGCGCUGCUGAUCCUGUUGUCCCUCCUGGCCGUCCUCCUGAUUGGCAGCCUGACGUGGGCGGUUCCAGCCUCACCGGGCCUCUCUGCAUACGGCCACAGGAUCUCGACCAGCAUUGCGCACGCUAGUGACGCGCCUCCCACGGGCUUCAACCGUCCGCCGCCGUCGCCACAAGCAUCGCCUGCGCAGCACAAGAUCGAGGAGUACGACGGAUCGUCCUGGGUGGCAGACGAGAGAUGGCUCUCGGUUCCCUAUUCCAACUCCAUCACGCUAGACGAUGGCCGGGUACUGCUUCCUCCUCUGAAAGCUCGACCGCCCAUCUAUUGCUAUCAUGACUCAUCCGUCAAGAAGACAAAGGAUGAAAGGGAUGCUGAGAACGAGCUGCUGCUGACAUGGCGCCGGGCUUGGUGGGCGCAAGGGUUCCGUCCGGUCGUGCUGGGCGCUGUCGACGCCAGAAACAGCCCCAGCUACGAGCAGUUCCAGACAAUGACGGCAUCAUCCGAGCUCAAAGUUGACCUCAUGAGAUGGCUCGCCUGGGACACUGUGAAUGGAGGCAUACUAUCGAACUUUACUGUUCUCCCAGCCGUUUCCCGACGAGAUCCGUUUUUACUCCUCCUACGACAAGGCCAAUACGCCAACCUAACAAGAUGGGCUGCUCUCGACGACGCAUUCCUCGUCGGAUCAGAAAGUCAUGUUCGAUUGGCCAUUCAAGCCGUUAUACAGAAAGCCGAUGUACACGAUGCGACAAGUGUCACGGCGGUUCUGUCAAGCGACACCGUCACGGUGAAUCACACCAAGAUGCCUCUUGCCUACUACAGCCCCAAGAUCAUCGAGGCCAAGUACGGCAGUGUCAUCAAACAGGGAAGCAAGGCAGAUACCCUCCGCAACCUGAACAAGCUCAUCAAUUACCACCUGUUGGUGGCCUGGCAGAACAACUUUCCCGAGGGCAUCGACGUCCUGAAACCACACCCAGAGCAUGCCACAGCCAUGGUGGCCGGCGCCCUGAAGCUCGCCAAGUCUCUGGCAGCUUGUCCUGCGUCGCUGAUGCCGUCCACAUGCCCUCCCAACUUACCCAAAUGCUUCCCAUGCGUAGCGUCCCCCAUGACCGUUUCCACACCAUCCCGCUUCCGUAAUUCGCCCCAGAUCUUCACAAUCGGCGUUGUCCCGCAUCCCUGGUCCUUUGCAAUGGUAGACAACCUCAGGGAGUCUAUCAAUGUCACCUGGAUCCUGGAAUCACCCCGAGACCCAUGGCUGAAUGCUGUCACCAUGGCCUAUCUCGGCUCUGGAGUCACGUCAAGUCGCAGGGUCAUGCGUUUCAAGGAUCUCGCGGCUGGCGAGGUUGCGACCAGCGAUUCACUGUGGCUUCCAGCCGAAAACGAAGUGCCCAGUGAUCUGGACUGGUACUUUGGAUUUACCUUACCCGACAAGUCCAUGGAUGACGGGAAAUCGCAAAGCCCAGUGCCUGCGGACCGCUUGCCUAAGCCUGAGGAUGAGCUGCCGGAUAGGCUCAAUGGACCCGUUGCUUCGGACGAAGCCGUCGCUCACGAGCGAGCUCUGCUGGACAAAGCCAAGAGUGUCGUCAUGCUGAACAAGUCGACGACGAAUGGGACCAAGAUGCGUUCUUCUCUUGAGGCCUGGAACAUGGCUGAUACCGAGGCUUGGCGGUUCAUACGAGCGCUCAGCGCACGGCGUCUCCUAGAACGUGAAGAGUGGGCAGAGGAAGUUCCGUCAAAAUCGGGGAUCAGAAACAGCCUCAGUGGCCAUAGCUGA